AUGGCAGGACGCGGAGGCGGACGCGGAGGCGGCCGCGGCAACGGCCGCGGCGGUCGCGGGCAGGCCGGAGGACGCGGCGGCGGCGGCGGCGGCGGCGCGCGACGCGUCGUCGCCGUCGUCCAGGCUGCGCCCGCGAAGAAGCUCGGCACGCUCGACGCGCGGUUCACGCUCCUGAACAAGCGCCGAGCGGAGCAGACGCAGCGAGGGGCGACGAACCGCUACGCGGCGACGAUGGCGAAGCGCACGGGGCAGAGCGCGAAGAAGUUCGCGGCGAAGCCCGUGUCCGUCGCGGGCAAAGGCAAGAACAGCGCCGCCGCGAAGAAGAAGCUCGCCGCGAAGAAGGGCAUCGCCGUCGGGAAAAAGGGCAAGAACGGCGUCGCGAAAGCGAAGCUCGCCUCCGCCCCGGGCGCGACGAAGAAGGGACCGAAGAAGAAGAAGAAGCCCGCGCGCGAGGCCAAGCCCACGACGCCGGCGAAGAAGGCGCCGAAGAAGGCGCCGAAGAAGAAAGCGCCGAAGAAGGCGAAGCCCGAGAAGCCGACGUACACCGCCGGCGAUUUGGACAUGGAGCUGGAGUCGUACAUGGCCGCCGCGCCGGCCGGGGACCCGGUUCCGGCGGCGUGAGACGACGCGAGCGCGCGCGGCGCCGUCGAGAAGGAUGAGAUGAGAUGAGAUGAAAUGAAAUUCCCACGGCGCGGGAGUCUCGUAUCCGCG